AUGGCGAUUGAUUCAUCGCUUACUCUCACAUCCUUCGUUAUCGUCUCACUCUUGCUCUCUCUCCCUUCUGCUUCCGUCGCCGUCCCAUCAGAAGAGCUGGAAAUAGCAAUCUCACUCCUCCGUGUAAGAGGCCGCGCUCUAUUCGCAAACGCAAUCACAACCUCGGACAUCCUCUUCGAUCUACUCUCCGCAGAGUCUCUCACCCUCAUCGUCCCCACCGACGCCAUGCUCUUUGACCUCGACAUGAGGUACUCUCUUCCCAUGUACAUCUCCACCUUACGUCUCCACGCCUUACCUCUCCGCCUCACGUUUUCCGAGCUCAGAUCACUCCCUAACGCCUCCUCUCUCCCGACCUUCCUCCCCUCGCACUCGCUACUUCUCACUAAACCUUCUUCCUCCGAUUCCGUUUAUCUCGACGGCGUCGAGGUUUACCUCCCUGGUCUUUUCUAUGAUCAGCAUAUCGCUGUCCACGGUCUCGCUAAUAUUCUCCCGCUCAGCAGAUCGCGUUUGAGUGAUAUUGAGAGUCGCGCCUUUGCUUUGCCUCCUAUGGUUGAUUCGCCGGCAUAUUCGCCGGCGUAUUCGCCUUCAUAUUCGCCGUCACAUUCGUCGGCAUAUUCGCCGGCGUAUUUGCCGUCAUAUCCGCCGUCAUAUUCGCCGUCGUAUUCGCCGUCGUAUUCUUCGUUACAUUCACCGGAAUUAUAUUCGCUAUCGCCAAGGAGCACGUGGUGGAUUUCACCGUCGCCAGAGGAUUACGUCGAGUUUUGGGGGAGUACACCAGCAGAGUCGCCGCGGAUGGGGGAGGUUUCGGUUUCGCAACCGCCGUUGGAAGAAGAUCUGAUUGUUGGUGACGGGGAUUCUUGGACUACCGGAUUCUAGUGGACACGUGGUCUGAGUUUAGUGGAUCGUUUCUUUUUUUUUUACGGUCAACUCAAAAGAUAA